AGAAAACCACACAUUCAACAUAAGCACACAGGCUUACCUCUGAAACAUUCAGAUGCUUCUUGCAUUUUCUGGAAAUUUCUAGGUGUAGGAGGUUUGCAUUUGCUCCGUUUACAGAAGGAACAAGUUGAGUUAGAUUUUUUUUUGUCGCUGACACAGUGGGCCCUUAUGUCGGCGGGAUCUGAACAGCACAAGCAACUCGUUUGGUUUCUACUUUCUACUGAUGGUGGAGUGGCGACUGCUGAAAGUUGGCGGCGCCAUGCGUGCCGAUGAAAUGCUUCGUUGCAAAUGCACGCUUUUACUGCGACUUAACCACCGCCACCAUUUCCGAUUCACCUCCCCUUAAAAAGACCCGCCGUCACAUCACCCCGGCACCAGCACUCACUUGUAUUUCAUCUGCAGCAGCCAUGGCCAGGUCGCUGUCCAACAAGACGCUAGCUGCAGUAGAGGCUCUGAUGAUGACCUUGGCGCUCGCCACCACCGCAGCCGGGCAGCCGACGACGACGGCGGCGAACCUGACGCUCCACAACCUGUGCCCGUACCCGGUGUGGCCGCUGGUGACGGCGAACGCGGGCGUCCCCUCCGUCCCCACCGACGCCGACGGCGAGCCCGCGGGGCGCCUCGACGGGAACGGCGAGGGCCUUGCGACGCUGGCGUUCCCGCCGGGCGCGUGGUCGGGGCGCGUGGUGGCGCGCACGGGCUGCGCCAUCGAGGGCGACGGCGGCGGCGAGGAGAUCGUAGGGCGGUGCGCGACGGGCGACGCGCCGCCGGUGACCGUGGCGCAGGUGAGCGUGGGCGGGCCGGGGGGCCGGGCGGCGUACAGCGUGAGCCUCGUGGACGGGUUCAACGUGGCGGCGGUGGUGACGCCGCACGGGUUCGCGGAGGGCCGGCGGUGCCCCACGCUGGGGUGCGCCGUGGACCUCGCCGCCGAGUGCCCCGUGGGAGCCCGGGGCCCGCACGGAGGGUGCGGCGGCGGCGGGGCGUCGUCGGAGGCGGCCUGGUUCAAGGCCCGGUGCCCCGACGCGAGGACCAACGCCACGGACGUCGAGGCCACGCCGCAGGACUGCGUCGCGCCACGCGAGAUCAAGGUCGUCUUCUGCCCCAAGCCGGACAGCGUCACCAGCCAUGCUUCAGAACUUGACAGCAGCAUGUCCAAGUCGUGGUCGUUGCUGAUGAGCCCGGAGGGGUUCAAGUCGCCGGCGUUCAUCGCGCUGGUGAGCGUGCUGUGCGUGGCCCUGGUGCUGCUCCUCGUCACAUGCUGCCGCGGCGGCUGGAUCGGCGGCGGCGGCGGCGGCGGCGCCGACAGGAGGCGACGGCGCCGGCACCACCACCAUCAGCAGCGAACGGAGGAGGAGGAUGGGGAGGUGAGCAUCAGCGUGGAGGUUAGCGCGGCGACGUCGCGGACGCACCUGGUGCAGGUGCAGGCGCAGGCGCAGGCGGCGGCGGAGGUGGUGUGCCGGUACCGGAAGGAGGAGAAGUGGAGCGAGCCGACGUGCGCGGUGUGCCUGGCGGAGUUCGACGACGGCGAGGCGGUGCGGGUGCUCCCGGAGUGCCUGCACUACUUCCACGCCGAGUGCAUCGACACGUGGCUGCGAGGGAGCACCAGCUGCCCGAUGUGCCGCGCCGAGACCACGCCGACGCCCUCGCCGAGCCCGCCGGCGUCGCUGCACCACCACCAUCACCGCCACCUCGACCUCAACAUCAACGUCUCCCUCGAGGAGAUCCUCGUCCGCACGUAGCGCCUUCCGUCUCCCGGCCAGCUCCGGCAGGUUCCUGUCCUUGGAUGACCGACGGCGUACGUUGCGUCAUGGGGGCCGGGCUGGGACGGGCGGCGCUCCAGAGCGUCAGAGCACCGCCGCCGGCUAACGGAGGCGGUGGCCGGCGGGGAGAGAGGCGAUUGAGUGGAACAGAGGAAGCAGAGUUCGUUUGCACUUGGGUUAGAAGCAGAGCAUGCCACAGAGAUCUUUUUUUCUAAUUGCUGCCCGUGAAGCUAAUGCUUCUGGGUUUAAGUAUUUUGAAGAGCUUCUAGUUAAGAUGGAUUUGCAGGAGCGUCCACCCAACUUGUAUUCGAAAGCCGACUUACUCUCCGACAUUCUGGAGCCGAUCGAGGCUGCCGCAGCCAUUGUCGACAUUGCCGCUGCAUCUGCAUGUACUGGAGUUGAGUGAGUACGUCGUCAGUAACAGGAUCUCCAGCUUUUGGAGAUUGCGCAGGAACUAACCGGAGCACCAUAUCGU